CAUGAUUUGUGCUGCUGGCAGAAUACUGGUGCGUCCUUCCUUAUACCGCGCACCCUCAAUUUGACUGCAGUAAUCCCGAGAAGUGCGUUUCAGGUUAUUUACUGAUAUGCAGCAGUAUUUGUAGGAGAUAUGAAGCUGUGUCAGAUCGUCGUCUCAAAUUUCGUGUACCGGUAUGUACCUUGUCGACCACGGAGAUAAUUGCGAAUUUGCGACGGAUUACGACAAGCGACCCUUUUCUCAACCCGCGGUUCCGUAUUGACUGAGCACUAUGCAUUCAACUUUCUGAAAAACAUUGGGCUUUUGCUAUCGGUAGCCUCUUUGCCAACAGCAACAAUGUAUAAUGUUAUAAAAGGACUUGUUCUAACAGAAUCCCGAUGCUGGGAUCCCGAUAGUGAAAGGUCAUACCAAGACCUAUUCGAUAAACUGGACACCAACAAGGAUGGGAAGGUCGAUGUUGCUGAAUUGAGAGCGGGCCUAACCGCAAUGGGCAUGUCAUUCCGCAGAGGUGCAGCGCAGAAAAUUGUAUCGUCUGGUGACGAAAACAAAGAUGGAGGGCUUGACUUCAAUGAGUUCAACAAAUACCUGAAAGAACACGAGAAGAAACUGCGCCUGACGUUCAAGAGCUUGGACAAAAACAACGAUGGGCACAUCGAUGCCUCUGAGAUCAAGCAGUCCCUUGAAGAGCUGGGCAUGGACAUAACCAAGGAAGAGGCCCAGACCAUCCUACAAAGCAUGGACAUUGAUGGCACCAUGAUGGUGGACUGGAACGAGUGGAGGGAUCACUUCCUGUUCAAUCCUGCCCAUAACCUGAACGAGAUCAUACGCUACUGGAAACACUCCUCGGUGCUGGACAUAGGUGAGAGCAUUGCCAUCCCUGAUGAGUUCACAGAGGAGGAGAAGACCUCUGGUGGCUGGUGGAAACAGCUGGCGGCCGGGGCGAUGGCUGGGGCGGUCUCUCGCACAGGCACCGCCCCCCUGGACAGGGUGAAGGUCUUCAUGCAGGUCCACUCCUCCAAGUCCAACCGGGUCACCCUGCUGGGAGGAUUCAAGCAGAUGAUUAAGGAAGGGGGCGUGGCCUCAUUAUGGCGAGGGAACGGGGUCAACGUGUUAAAAAUAGCCCCUGAGACUGCUAUCAAGUUCAUGGCCUACGAACAGUAUAAGAAGCUGCUGACACCAGAGGGAGGGAAGGUCCAGACCCACCAGAGGUUCAUGGCUGGCUCUCUGGCAGGAGCCACCGCCCAGUCAUCCAUCUACCCCAUGGAGGUGAUGAAGACCAGACUGACUCUGGGGAAAACUGGCCAGUAUAAUGGAAUGUUUGACUGUGCCAAGAAGAUUCUGAGGAAAGAGGGCAUCAAAGCCUUCUAUAAAGGCUACACUCCCAACAUGAUAGGCAUCAUUCCCUAUGCUGGCAUCGACCUAGCUGUUUACGAGAGCCUGAAGAAUGCAUGGUUGUCCCGCUAUGCCAAAGACACAGCCAACCCUGGCAUCUUGGUGCUGUUGGGCUGUGGCACCAUCUCCAGCACCUGUGGCCAGCUGGCCAGUUACCCCCUCGCCCUGCUUCGCACACGCAUGCAGGCACAAGCAACUCUGGAAGCGUCGGACAAGUCCACCAUGACUGGACUGAUGAAGGGGAUCAUGGCUAACGAGGGUUUCUUUGGACUGUACCGGGGUAUCCUGCCCAACUUCAUGAAAGUGAUUCCUGCUGUGAGCCUCAGCUAUGUGGUCUACGAGUACAUGAAGACCGGCCUGGGGAUCUCCAAAUGAUGCAGGGACAGUCAUACAGGAUGUUAAGUCUUUAGGUCUUUUUGGACAGUUUAGUUGGAACUUAGUGAUCCGCACAGACUUUUAUGACAACCAAACGUUGCCAUCUUGUGAUCACUCUGUGUACUGGGCCUUACGAGGAGAACCAUGAAAUCAAGGUUGGGUCUGAGAUAGGCCAUAGCAGUAGACUCUCCAAAAAGGAUGCUCUUCUCUUUAACUCCAGGUGAAAUUCCAAUAUGGUGCAAUAUACCCGUUAAGAACUGCAUUAUGGACCUUAAAACAUAGAGGACGAGGUAUCGAUGUCUUCAGGUGAACACUGUGAACGAGGUUCAAGAGCUUUGUCCAAACUAUUUUUGUUCCACUGUAAUAUUAGACGCUCCAUGCGCACAUUUUAGAGAAUCCCACACUACUACAGUUUGCUAUAGAAUUCUGUGGUAAAUUGUAGUCUGGGUACCAGUCAAUUUAGCUAACGUUCCACUACCUGUACUCCGUGUCAUAAGAUAUAUUUAAAGAAUGAAGAAAGACCCGUCUCUUUGGAAUAUGACAUGGAGUAGGCUACAAGGAGUGGAAUGUUAGCUAAAUAGACUGGUACCCAUCAUCAACGAGCACUCCGGGUUGAGUAUGAUUGUCCUCCUGGUGGGUCCUGCUUGUGGGUCUUCAGAUGGCUGAAGAGGCCGAUCCGGGAGCCACAUAUUUUGAUGCGGUAUGGGCCAGGGUGAGUGGUGGUGGCAGGUGGGCGUUCUUGAUGGGAAGUCUCUCCUUUCGAAGUUGCCGCUUGUCCUCUGCGGCACGGCAGAGAUUUUCUUUGUACCAUGCAACUUCGUCGUGGACAGCUUUUCUCCAUGUCGACCUGUCGAGGAGUGGAAUGUUAGCCAAAAAGGCUGGUACCCAGGCUAAGUAAACUGUAGUAUACUGUAGAAUACUAUACUACACACGGUAGUAUCCCUCGAUCAGGGUAUUACUUAAUAUAUAAUUUGGUAGUAUACUGUAGAAUACUAUACUACACAGUGUGGUAUUCCUCAUUCAUGUGUAGUACUUACUGUAGAAUUCUGUAGUGAAUUCUGUAGAAAUAUAUUAUAAUAUUUGAAUAACUAUAGUAUAUUAGUAAUAUAUGCAUAAAACACUAUAGUAAAUAGUACAGUCAUGUCCACAGAACACUGCAGUACAUACUAUAGUUUUUUAACUAUAGUAAUACUACAGUAUUUAUAAGUGUGCCUUACCCUCAGUUCAAUAUCAUAUGUUUCUAUCUUAUUUGGUUGGUUAUAUUUAUUUGUACAGGUUAGUGUCAUUUACAACUGCUGUUUUAAUGCAAUGUUUUCACGUGUUUUAACAGAUGAUUUACAAACAUGUCUUUUUUUCCUUUGUGCUAUUCUUGAAAUACAAUGCCUACCCUGUUGUUGACCAUUAAGCUGAAUCUCAAGCAAAAAUAUUCAUCGUUACAAAAGCUUGCAUGCAAAUAUUGUCUAUGAAUCAUUACUGGAGCUGAGGGGGAAGUCUUAAAAGAUGCUGCCUCUUUUUUUGCUAAGCUUGACUGAAAUUUAAGUAGGUUGUCUACUGUCAAUACUGGUUUCCAAUUCAGAAUCGCUUCAGGAUCCCCCCCUACACACACACUCCAUAUGCAUGCCAUGCACCCACUAAAGAUUUUUACUACUUGAGGCCAAUGGUUGUUAUGUUGCAUCAAUGUCUUAUGUCUUAAUUAUGUUUGAAUAUGUAAUAGGUCUACUAUGCCUGAAUGAAUUGACAUUGUGAGAGUUGUAUGAAUGUCCUCACAAAGCUUAGACUGAAAGAAAAGCAAUGCAUGUGUUAUGGGUCGAAACAAAUGUUUACAGAUGGUUGUCCACGUAUAAAUAAAAAUUCACAAUGGAA